UGGCACACGCUCAUGGCAAAACACAAAUUCAACAGAACAAUUAACCCAUUUACACUCCCCAGUACGUGAUAGGCUCGAAAUUAAUAGCCUAAUUCUAUAUACCCUUUUUCAUAUUCUUUUUGCGAGUUCUUAGUAAGCAGGUAAGAUGGCCAACGUCGACGCUGACGUUCUCAUCAUUGGUGGUGGUAUUGGGGGUCUCACAUUAGCCGCUAUUGUUCGACGACUCGGUCUGUCCUGCAAGGUCCUCGAACGAACAGAGGUCCUAUCGCCUGUAGGUGCAGGUAUCUCGUUAGCACCGAACGCGUUGGCGCUUCUCGACCAGAUAGGAAUCUACCAGGAUAUCCUAAAGACCGCCCAACCUCUCAAGACCAUCCAGAUCACCCGAAACGACACUUUAUGGCAGAAGCUCGACUUCUCGACAUGCGAGGCUACGUUCGGCUACCCCGUCCUCUCUGCCGAGAGGCACAACUUCCACCGAUUGCUAUACAACGCGGCCGGUGGUGAGGAGACAGUGAUCCUAAACUCCAAGGUCACCAACAUAAUCGACGACCCGAACUCUUCGGUUGUUACCGUUGUCGUGGAUGGCGGAAAAGAACUACGCGGACGUCUAGUUAUCGGUGCCGAUGGUAUCCGAUCGGUGACCCGCCGAAUACUCGCCGGCAGCGCCGAUGACAAGGCCGCCAACACCAUCAAAUUCACCGGUCGCGUCCACAUGUCCGGUAUUACUGCGCCAUUGAAAAACUGUGGAAAAGAGGAGCUCGGUGUCGCCAAUUGGCUGUUAUACGACGACUCAAUCUUGACCACCUGGCCCUGCAUAGAAAACAGGCAAUGGUUUAUUGGUGUCAUGAAAGCCGAUUCGGCUCCACGAGACCGAUCUGUCUGGGCCGGCACCACGCCCGACAUGAUCAAGGAUGUAUACGGAGAGAAGUUCCAUCCAUUUGCCGAGAGCAAGAAGUUUAGCGAGAUUGUGGACCAAUCCGAGCGUGUGUUGGCCAGCAACGUCUUCGCUGAAGUCGAAUUCCCCUCCAUGUCCAAGGGCCGGGUUGCCCUUGUAGGUGAUGCUGCACACAGUAUGACUUCCUUCUUCGGCCAAGGUGCCUGCCAGGCCAUCGAAGAUGCGGCCGUCCUCGGCAACCUCCUUAACGAAUGGGUUGUUGCUCCGAAAGCCGACUUCAACAAAUUCACACACAAGGACCUUAGUCUGAUGUUGUACGAAUACUCCGAGCGACGCAAGCAGAGAGUGCAAGACCUGGCUAAGUUCUCGGCCGACUUUGCGCGUCUCCACACCGCGAACUUGCCAUUUGGCCUCGGCCCCCUCGUACGAAAACUUGUUUACUCUUACGUUCCUUCAUGGGUAUGGAUUUGGUACCUGAGGUGGCUUUACGGCGUGCAGCCCACAGUAGCGGGGCUAAAGGAUUUGUCGGAGAAGAAGGCUGGUUCCACAACCAAUUAAGCUUAUUCGCUUGUUCGCUUAGAAUUCGCUUUUUGUUACUAGUUAGGGAUAUUGCGGCAUAGAGGGUGGGUCUUGGUUGGUCGAAUCGUUCUUCGUUCAUUUGGGGGUUGGAUUAUUACAUGGGAUGCAUGUUAGGUAUAUCUUUUUUUUGUGUUGUACUUUGUAGCGGACUAACCCCAAAGGGCGGGUUAAUCUUAGAAUGUCAUAAAAGUUUAAAAUAUUUUCCGAUAAGGUUGUUAUUCCUUCAUAAUCUUAAGGUAUUGCUUAAAUGUCAUUACAUAAGUGGCGUUGCUUCGAAAAAUACAACGUUAAUGC